AUGGCGCUUAGGGGAGAGACUGGAGUAAACGAACGAAAUCUAUCAACACCAAUAAAGUUUACAAUUGAGUUGUUGGAUCGACGGAUCAAGUCGGACAAUUGCAGCGACAGCCGCCGCAGACGAAGAGUGCUGAUAACUGGAAUGCAGCAACACACUGCCGCAAUGGACCGCUGGAAGCCAAACACGAGGCACGAGACACCGAACGACGAUUCUGAACACUGA